CCAUAAUACCCAGAAAAUUCAUACAUACAAUUCAGAUUGUGUUUCCAUCGCCGGAAAAUGGAAGGAGCCGAAGCAGGUCCGUCGCUGAUUAAGCGACUAGCGUCCUGCGACAGGGUCACCCGUGACAGAACUGUCCGCACCCUCCUCAACACCUGGCUUCCAUCUCAGCCCGAAGUCUCCGAAGACGAUAUGAAGAUACUCUGGAAAGGUCUCUUUUACUGCGUCUGGCACGCCGACAAGCUCCCUGUCCAGACAGAACUCAUCGAGAUGCUCUCUUCUGCUAUCCAUUCUCUCAAUCCUUCUCUGUCCCUCGAGUACUUAUCUGUCUUCUUGAUCACUAUGCGGCGGGAGUGGACUGGGAUUGAUGGGCUCAGGUUAGACAAAUUUUACCUCUUAAUUCGUAGGUUCUUGCACUGUUUCUUUGUUAUGUUGAAGAAGUGGUCAUCGGAUUUGGAUUUUGUGCGGCGCUCGAUAGGUGUUUUAGUGGAUAGGACUUUUCUUGCUGAUGAUAACUUGCUAGGGAAUGGUGUUAAUUAUCACAUUGCCUCAGUUUUGCUUGAAGAGAUAAGGCCCUUUUUUCCGGUGAGGAAGGAAGUGCUCGAAGUUUUGUUGGAGCCGCUUGUUAGAGUCAUGGGGAGAGUUACUGAUAAGGUCUUGGUUACAAAGAUCAAAAGUAAUGUGUUUGACGUAUUGAUUAAAACGGGGAGGAGUUUGCUUGAGUUUAAGAAAUCAGAGACUGAAGUUGAAGUUGAUUCCAGCAAUGAUUUGGUUGUGUUAGGGACAAUUGCUUUAGUGAUGGGAUUCUCCUCAAAGUUUUAUGAAUUGGGUUCUUCAGCCGAGUGCUAUCAGGGACAUAGGAAGGUGCUGUUAGGUUUACAUGAGGACUUUCUAAAGUUGGAGAAGGAUCUUGCAACUUCUGGGAUUGAGAUUUCAAUUCCUGAGGUUAAUAAUGAGGACUGUGAAGACAAGGUUCAAGAAUUAGUUCCUGUUGCUUACAAGAUGGAAACAGAUGUUGUUUUGGAGCCUGCUGAAGCUAAUGCCAAGAAGAGGUUGAAGAAGUUCAAGAAGGCUGAAAAGGCUUCUAUUGCUAGUGGUAGUAAGGAUAAGAAGGAUGAAAAUGUUAAAAACAGUCUUUUGGAUAAGGAAAAUGACAGUGAGGUAAUUGCAAAUGGUGAAAAUUCAACUGCUGAGCAAAGUGGUAAUGGGGAUGCUGUAAGUUUUAAUGAAACAGCAAUAUCAAACCUUAAGCUGCAGUUUGAGAAGGUUGCUGGUGAGGUGGGCUUGGAUAAUGAUGUUCCAAGUGUUUUUGAUUCACCCAUUCUUGUAGUUAAUGGUAUUGUUUCCAAGAAGAGAAAGAGAUCAAAAGGUAUGAACGGGCAACAAUCUAAGAGUGCAGAAUUGACCAGCCAAGGAGAAGGGAAAGCUAUUGGAACUGUAAAGAUUGGUGAGAAGAGUGCAAAGAGAGUUAAAUUCUCAAUGAAAAACAACUUGGUGUGGAAGCCUCAGUGCCCUUUACCUCCACAAAGUUUGAGAUUACCACCCUCAGUUACACCUAGAGGAAGUGCACUUAAGAAAGGUGUACCUCCAGGCCCCAUAAGGGAGAUGCCUACGGCAGCUAAAAAGGUGAAAAGGAAAGCUAAAUCUGUGAAGAAGAGCCGGAAGGGAGUAAAAAUCAUACGUGCAAAACGCCUGAAGAUGUAAUAAAGCUCUUUUUUUAUUUCUUUUUGUGGGAAAGAGUUUCUCCGAGCUUAGUUGUCUAAAUUCUUUUUUAACUUGAUCACCUUUGUCUCAAUUUAUAGAUUUGGCCAUAUUCUGCUGCGUAGAGACCUCAUCCAAUUUCAAAGUUAAUUUUGAUGACCAGUUUAUCGUUUCCAUUAAGAGGAUUAAAUUUUGGUUAUCUUUGCUUUAUACUUGUAAAAAUCUUUAAUUUUUUGUAAUUUUUAGAUCUUCAUCCUCAAUUCUCAUGCUUUUCUUUGUUGCAUUCUCAUCUUUUGUAUUAAAGACCUGAAGUUCAA